AGGACGCCAUAUGAGGUCUGAGGUAUGGCCUCAGGGUACCUGUUGUUCAAUGUGGUUACUUCCUCAAAGCACAUGCAAACAAACACGGGAGUUGUGAUCGAAGUUCCUGUAGAAAACAUGAGAUUGUGGGGCUGAAUCCCAGUAACGAGCGAGUUUGAAUAUACAAAUACUCAUUGAAGUCAUGGCGCUUGUCCUUGAGCUAUAAGUUCUUGAUCCUGAUUGCUUAAUAUUUGUUCUGUCCACGCAGAAGUAUAAGAAAACUGAAUAAUAUACCGGUAACAGUAAUUUGGAGGCAUACUCAGCACUCCUAGAAGCUGGUAGUGUUUAUACGUAGACCUUUAUGAAAAGUCGGUCAUCAGAACAGAUUGAAAUUCAAGCUCCCGCUGUAAUCUAGUCUUACAGUGGUUUUAUGGUGUUACCAAAGAGACAAAUUAUGGGUUUACAAUACAAGUUGGAAUUGGCGGCAGAGCAGUGAGAACAAGGCUUAUACAAAUGACACUUAUGGGAGAAAAAUUAGCGUUUUGUUGAUGAGACCUGUCCUUGGAUGCUGUGUUGAACGUUAGGCACUUUGUUGACACGUUUUGAAGCAGUAAAGAAAAGUUUGACAUGUUUAUGUAAGUAAUAAUAUUUGGGCUGUAUCUGACACUUAUCCGAUAAUGGAUGAGUACACAUUAAGAGAGACGGACAAACAAACAGGCCAACAGAAACCAGUUGUUCGGUGAAGAGUGUAAGAAAUAUCAGUCAUUUCGUUAAUGGGCGCUGCUGUGAAGUGGUAAACGGUUUACGGAGAGGACAAGGAAAUGGAUCAAAUUAAAGGUAAGCACAGAAAAAAAUAUAAUAAGUCCAGAAACUUAAGCGAGGGCACAGAGGUUCAGGUUUUGUCUUUUAUUAUCCUUUCUAUAUAUAGUGGGUUUUUUUUCUAACAUAUUUUGUGUUACCAAGCUUACAAAUUUCUUGGAACAAAAUAAAAAAAGCUAGACAACUUUUAUUUUUGCAACCCCGGGAUAGCCAUUACGUAUUUACAAAGGUAUCUUUUAUCCCAAUCAGAGCAAGGCCUUGAAAGAGUUGCUGCCAAUUUAAAGCAGAAUGAGUGGAAGUUUCUUGCCGUUCGCCUAGGACUUUCGAAAGCUGAUGUCGAUGAUAUUGCAAAAGAGCACCCGGGUAACUUUUCCCGCCAAAAGAGCGAGAUGCUUUUGCUGUGGAAACGGAAUUUCAGGGAGUACGCAACCCCGGAGAGACUCGCGCGCGCACUGGAAGAAAUCGGCAGAAAUAAAAGUCAGGGAAAAACGGAGGACGGCAAAGCAUGUUUCAGAGCAAAAACCUUCCGUUCUGAAUGGCCAGAUCAGCAAAGGCAACUGCAAGACUGCAAGACUGCAAGACAAGACCAGCCACGUCUACGAAGUAGUCCGCAGAGCUACUUGUCAUCGACCGUGCAAGUAAGAGGCUUGCCAUUCCCAAUUCAAGAGAGAAAUAUAUCGGAUAGAAGUCAGCUGCGAUCAGACAAAAGCUUAAAAGACGGACGGUUUGUGUCUUCCCAAGGAAAAGAAUCGAGACGGAAGACAUUCACGUCUGUGCCAGGUAAAAUUACUCUUGAUGUUGACAUACAGAGGAUGGCCGUAAAGAAUAUUCCUUUGACUUCCAAAAAGGCUGAGAAUUCGUUUGAAAGCGACGAAGUUCCGUCGAUUGUGCUUCCUCCCUCCAUUUCGAACAUGAGUGGUGACACGGUGACAGGUGCCGAAUCUCUUGCAAACCAUCCAAGAGCUGGUCAGCAGCGGAGAGUAAAAUGUAGAUGCUCAGUUCAUCGAUGUAAGGAGCCUCAGGAAGGUAACACCGAGGAAGGAAAUGUCGAUACCAAAGACCCGUUCGACAAUCUUCUCAAGGGCCUCCAAGACCCCUUUUUUAAACGCCUCAUGGAGACUUCAUCAGAGGUCGAUGCAGCUGUCGACCAACUGGAAAAAAUGAAAGGCGUGUUUGUUGACGAAACCAAGCUGAUGCCUCUUGCUUAGCUGCAGAAUAACGGACGCAACCAGCUUGAAGAGAUUGUGGGAUGAGCACGAAAAUGGCGACCUGACCACCAUGUUCCAGGCGUCACACGUGACCGACCAGUCCGUUUCGUCUGUUGGCGCAUUGGGAAUAAAGCUGAUGGUAAGAAUUUGCUAAGUUUAAUACCAGAGGUGCAGGGAAAUUCUAUAUUGCGAAAGCAUUUGCAAGAAAGGGGCAAGCAGCGACCUAAAGCCAAGGGACCUGAGUAAUCUUGUUACUAAUAUACACUCUUCCUCAAACUGCCCGGAAGUAAUAAGGACCUCCCUUCAAAAACAAUUUUGCAGUGUUUUAAAAAUGCACGGU